AUGGUGGGCCCGCGUAAACCUCCGGCUCUGGCCGAAGAGAGCGCCGAAGUCGAAGUGCUGUUCGCCAACAUGGACAAGAUGAAGACGCUUACAAAGAAGAUCCAAGGGUCCGUCAACAGGCUCGAUGCCAGUGGGAAGGCUGUGCAGGAAGCCAUUAGCCCGAUUUAUGGGAAUACACAGAAAUUGCAGAUUGCGACAAGCAACAUCGACAGGGUCAUUGAGGCUAUUGAGAGGCUCAGGGCGCCGAGAGAUCAGAGUGAGAGGGAGGAGAGGAUCAUAAGGGCUGGACCUGGACGAGGCGACCUCCGCGAUUACAUUGCGUCUCUCGAUCGAACCACAAUGGCCCUCGCCGACUUGAAGCGCACGAACCUACGCUCGAACGAACAGGCGAUUGCGCAGCUAAACGGCCUCUUGAAGCUGGGGAACAAGCAGCUGGAAGAUGUCUUCCGUAGCAUAUUGGGGGACUGUUCGAGGCAAAAGCUGCAGCCGCUGGAGUUUGUUGCUAAGAACAACCCAUUUCCACUUCUGCCGCCAGACCAACUCUCGACCUUGCGUGGCAUCAACAGCCACAUCGCGCAGACCGUCGCCUCGACAUCACAAGCUGAUCUGUCUUCAACCCCGACACAAAAGAUAUAUGCAGACAUUCGAGGCAGCUACCUGGAAAGUUCACUGGGCAGUCUUGCUCAAGCUUCGGUCGCGACAGCUAGAAAGGUGCAACCGGAUGCCUUGUACAAAAAGGGCACCAACGGCAUUGGCACAUACGUGCAGGCGAUUGAAGGCAUAUUUGUGGCCGAGUACGACAAUAUCACAAACAUCUUUGCACGAGGCGAAUGGACACCGGUCUGUGAAUCGACAUGCCAGGCCUCACUGGGAGAGUUUAAUCGGACGUUACGUGAGCUGAACGGCCACAUUCAGAAGAACUUGCUUACAGAUUGCUUCCUUGGAUACGAAAUCUGUGGCAUGGUGCGCACACUUUCUCUACGACUGCAGGACACCACUGGCGCACUAAAGGGCCAGAUUUACGACAGCGUCAAGCCCAUUCGGGAAACAUCAAAGACUUCCUUGAGUAAGCUUAUUGAAGACACGAGGGUACGCACGCAGACCCUUGUUGCUCUGCCGAUGGAUGGAGCUGCCGUACCUAUCACAGGUGAAUCGAUGCGUCGGCUGCAGGAAAUGACCAACUACUUGGAUCCACUGUCAUCGAUACUAGCAUCGCUGGGAGAAGGUGGCUGGAACAAUCCCUCCGCGAAUAAACCCUCGACAACGCUAGAUGUCAACCCUGACAUGGUCAAGCUGUUCGCAUCGUACGCGUCCGACACGAUCGACACGCUCAUCCAGAACCUCACGAGCAAGGCCAAGAUGCUUUUGAAAGGCAAGACCUUACAAGGCAUCUUCCUGGCGAACAACAUAGCCAUUGUCACCCGCACAAUCCGUAAUUCCGAGCUCGCCCCACUCUUGGAGAGUUAUGCAGGCAAGCUUGCAGCCUGGCGCAAGGCCAGUUCAGCCAUGUAUCUUGAAGCAUGGCGAGAGCCAUCCGGCCAUCUGCUCGACGUACAAUAUACCAAUCGGUCAAAGGAUAGGCCACACUCUGGUGGUGGAGCAGCCGACUCCGCAGCUAUUGUUAAGGGUCUGGGCUCAAAGGACAAAGAUGCAAUUAAAGAGAAGUUCAAGAGCUUCAACACGAGCUUUGAGGAUCUUGUCGCCCGCCACAAAACGUAUGCCAUGGAGGCCGAAGUGCGGGCACAGCUGUCGAAAGAGGUGCAGAACAUCAUCGAGCCACUGUACAACCGCUUCUACGAUAAGUAUCGCGAGAUUGACAAGGGCAAGGGCAAGUACGUCAAGUACGACAAGGCUGAGCUUAACAAGGCGCUCAUGAGUUUUUCUUGA